CUCGUGAGCAGGGUACGGAACGGGUCAGGAAAACUGGACUCAGUAUUAGUAGCACAAGCAAGCUUCAGCCCUUAGACGGCGUGAUAUCUGUGUGUAAACGGUGGAUAUAUAUAUAUAUAUAUAUAUGUAAUACAACUACCCUGUGGUAGGGAUGUGAUUCGAUUUUGUGCUUUUCUAAACGGAAGACAACAGGGUCAGGGGAAAAGGCAAAGCAAAGCCUGGAGAACCGGCAGUCGCACGUCGUCCGCACGUCUCAUUGGCGAGGGAAGAAUUACAAGGGAGCUUUUUUCCGUUGGGUUAUUCUUCGACGAGAAAUACCUCAUCAGAGAUAUUUGUUUUUCACGUUGAGAAAAUAAAUAAUAAACUCUCUUUUUUAUGUGAAGUACAAAACGAAGUUUUCUUUUCUUUUGUUGUUCAUUCAUUUAUUUAUCGAAUCGUCGCUCUCUCUCAAUCUCCAUCGUCGGUGUAUCGAACGAUUUGAAAAUAUUCCCCCUCCUGUGAUUUUUCUUUAUUUUCUCGUUUUGUGUUCGUUUCCGUUAGUUGAAAAGAUGUGAAUAACGCUCACAACCGGAAUCGGAGAUCGUGACGAGUAAUCUUAUUGUGCGAAAUAAUAAUAGGCUAUUAUUUCAAGGAAUUUUACCUGAAUCAUAUCACGAUGCAUCGCGACGAGUAAAACCAACGACAAGUUCAGAAGAAUUUGUUAUCACUGUGGCAACAAACUAUUAACAUAACACGCGAUGGUGCAGAGAUAAUUCACAUGACAGUUGCAUUAACGACAUCGUAUGGAAUGAAACGGCUCAUUAUCACCGCCGCCUGAGUUGUCUGUCUGUUUAUAAAGUUCGAAUUCCUUCAAUUCCGGACUUACCCCUACACUCGUGUUCUCAGUUUCUUUUUUUUUUUUUUUUCUAAUUCACCACCGUCCGUUCGUCAGCGUGAUUAUUUAUUUCAAAGAAAGAAAGAAAGAAAAAAGAAAAACACAGUGACAAAGUGAAAAACAGCGAUGAUAUACUUUAGCGACAUUUCAUCGCGGGGACUGAAAAAUGGUAUCGAGGUUGUCAGUUAACUGACGAAAUAUUGAAGAAAAAAAAAUCUCGGACCGUACAAGUUUUAUUUAUUUUUCUUUUCGGUUCGUUUUCACCAAAAUCUACGAACUCUCUCUCUUUCGUCUGCCGAGUGAAAAAAUGGAGAUGGAAUCGAUGAUGAUGUCGAACGUGGGGUGCAACGGGUACAUAAAAAGCAGUGACAAGGACUCGGACAACAGCAGUAGCUCGAUCGUCGACCCGGUCAGUUUCGGCAAGGACGAUCGGGUGAUUCUAAGUUCGGGAUCGCACUGCAUCACCUCCGUAACACCGGCGUCCUCGAUUUCGCCCACAUCCCGUACGACGACGUCGUCGUCCUCGUCGUCGUCGAGGCAUCGGAACAGGAACAAUCGACAGCAAAAACCUUACGCCCCGAUGAAUUCGACGCCGAAACUUGGCCAAAAUUCGCCUACGUGUUCGGCCGAAGGUUCGCCGAUGAUAAAGCCCGCCUACUCGUACAUCGCGUUGAUAACAAUGGCGAUACUCCAAUCGCCUUUCAAAAGACUAACGCUCAGCGGUAUCUGCGAAUUCAUAUCGAACAGGUUCGCCUAUUACCGUGAAAAAUUUCCCGCCUGGCAAAACUCCAUCAGGCACAACCUGUCGCUGAACGAUUGUUUCCUGAAAAUGCCCAGGGAACCGGGCAAUCCCGGCAAAGGUAACUAUUGGACCCUCGAUCCGGACGCCGAGGAUAUGUUCGACAACGGGAGUUUCCUCCGUCGAAGAAAGAGGUACAAAAGACCAACGCCUCAUUACGUUCUGAGAGAUCGCGCGGCCAUGAUGGCCUUCGCUAUUUGCAACGAGAGGAGCACAUGUCCCGGAAGCGAGGCUCCCGGCGCUCUUCCCUAUCCUGCGAGCGCCUAUCUUUCGCCUCCCCCGGGAUUACCGUUGCUCGAAUUCCCCAUCGGUGCCUUGGAAGCCCUGAAAUACGGUUUCCUCGAACCACCGGCGCCGCUCUACAAACCGGUGGCAAUAUCGGCGCCACCGAUGAGGCAGCUCAAUCCGCCGCCGAGAACCACGAUGUCCCAGACGCCCGCUGUGCAUCAGGAGAAAAAAGGAAGCUUCAGCAUCGAGGCUCUGAUCGGUAAACAAACGUCGAGCGAUCAACUUGUGAGCGAAUCAUUCGGCUGCAGAGUUCUCGACCUGAGGCGACCGUCGGAACAACGAGGAAUAAGAAGUCCCGCCUCAGCUUUUUCACCGAUCAUUUAAACUUGGAUUACUUAUACCGUUAUGAGAAUUUUCUUUUUUUUUUUUUGUUGUUGUUGUUGUUUAUCCUUCCGCCGACCGAACUCGGAAAGACGUUCGUUCACUUUUGUUCUCUCCUUGAAUUUCAGCGAGCGGAAUUCGGUGGCUCUUUUUUGAUUGUUUGUAAAAAUAACUUCCACCUGAGAUUCACUUUUCAACGAAUGUAAUAUGAAUCGCGUUUGCGUUACUCUGAAAAAUAUUACACACGUAUUGAAAUGAAAUGAAGGAAACGUCGUCGCUACCGUCGGUUACGUAUUGAGAAAUAUUAACGAACCGGGCUUUAGAUAAGAAACAAUUACCCAACGAUAACGGGGUCUGCCUAUUACAUACCUACCGAAGUUGAAAACAUCUUCGAAACGAGAACUUGCGGAAUGAAAGAGAAACUAGGAAAGAUCGAGAAGUUGAAAAACCAAAAACCUGAUACAGAUGAUCGUCUUGAGAAAAUAAAAAAAAAAGAAACUGCGAUGAAGUCCACGAAUUUUUAUAAUUGGUCGAAGAAAAGGUGUUAUUAUGUGCAAUAGACGAUGUAUAUCCGUAUAUAAUAUCUCGUGUCCUAUUAUCAUUAUAAUAUAAAACCCACUUGUGUGACAACUAUUCGACCACUGGCGAUAGAUUUAUUCAAGUUUUCAUCCCCCGUAGAAAACGAAAGGAAACCUGUAAAAUUUACAACACGUAAACUCAAAUUACACGAUGUCAUAGUAUUUGAUGUGCAUGAUGCCGUACGAAUAUAUAAGUACAACCAACCCUUGUAUCUAUGAUCCGAUUUUUCAUAUUUUUCAGUGUCUUUUUUUUUUAUUGUUCUUGUCUAUGUAUUAUUUUAUUAUUUCCCUCAACGGUUAAUAAUAGCUUUGUAAAUAUCGCCCUUCCGUCAAUAUUUGCGUAGCCCUUGAUUUUUCUGCGAUUUUUAUUCGGUUCGCGAAGAGAAAAAGGUAAAAGAGAGAAAGAGAGAGAGAGAGAGGGAGAGAAAGAGCCGUAGCUUUUGUUUGAUCGGGCGUAACGGACCAAGUGGACGUUGAGUGUGUGUACAUACGUGUGUGGAGGUAGAUUGUAGCGUUAGUUUUUAAGGGUACAUAUAAUAUACAUAAAAUAAAAUAUAUUUAAAAAACACGAUGUCGAAGCAUAAGAAAAUUAUACGCGCUCGCCAUUAUUAUAUCGUAUCAAUAAUAUAAUAAUAAUAUAUUAAUAAGGGUAUAGAUAUUUAUAUAGAGAAUAGAAGAUUUUUGGACGUAUCUACAUAAUUAUAAAUAUAUAUAUAUAUAUAUAUAUAUAUCAUUAUCAUUAUUAUAUAUCACGAGGGGAGCUCAAAAAAGAAAAACCUAAUAUCUCCUACCAAGUAUUUCUUUUUUUUUUUUCUUUUCAUUCAUUUUUCUUCUCACCUUCAUCCAGCCAUAGGAUAUCCUCAUUUCGUCGUAAAUUUUCAUCCUCUUAUUAGGACCGGUUCAAAGUCUAGUCCAAAUGUGCAUAUAUUAUACAAAUCUAUAGCAUGUAAGCGGAAAUAUAUAAGAUUUAUUAUUUAUCCUAUUUUACAAGUUCGUUGAAAAUGAUUAUUCUCGAUUAUUACACCAAAUAAUGUACCUACGAUGGAGCGCUCACGUUAUUACAAUCAUCAUCGCCAUUUUUAUUAUCGUCAUUAUCAUUUCAAUUGUGACCCUUUAUGUACGUAUAGUAUCGUACAUCUGUUAUUUGGACUCCGUAAAAGUUCUGAUCGCGGGUGGGCCGGUUGGCGUUUAUUCGGACAGAAAAAUCAAUUCACAAAUUUAUCGCAUCGAAGAGCAAAGAUUGAAGGAUAAAGUAAAAAUCCAAUCGAAUAAUACCAUUGAAAUAAGCCGGAAACACCGCGACUCGAUCGAAUCAUUGUACAGAGAGAACAGCGGGCAGUCUUGACGGUACAGCCGCCGAAUUUCAGUAUUUUUUUUUUUUUUUGGCAUCUGCUGGUCCGUGAUCUGAAGUAUUGGUACACACAACGAUUAUUCCGACAUAUCGAUUCAUCUGGGAUCUGUGUUAUACUUAAUGAGCAAAAAUGAAAUCACAUUCACAGAAGAAUAAGACGAAAAAUGAAGAAGGAAAAGGGGUAGUGCCAUUCUCGUGUAAAUUAUGUUUCUCUUCAUCUUAACCAUUGAAAAGAAUAUAGAAUAAUAAUAACGAAUAGACGAAGAUACCGGUUAUCAUUAUUAUUAUAUAUAUGAUUAAUUAUUUAUGUGUGUAUAAUGCAGAAGUGAAAAAAAAAAAACGUGUUCCCAUACAAUAUGAUAUGAUAUAAUUCACAAGUUAUGUAUCUGAUGACUUAAUUAUGAUUAAAAAAUUAAACCAAAAAAAAAAAAAAAAGGAAAAAAAAGUAGAUGAUAAUUUAAAACUACUAUAAAUAUAAUAAAGUAAUAUAAAAUAUACGAAAUAAAAUUUUAUCUGAAUUAUUAUUGUGUAUAUAAGUAUGUAUAUUAUAUAUUGUACAAUUAUGUAGUCAUUAGUGUAAUAUGUUUUUUUUUCCCUGAUUAAUUUUCUCACUCUUCGUUGUUGUUUGAUUAAUUUAAUUUCAUUCUUCUCAUGAUAUAUUCUGUAUAUCUAUUUCCUUAUAUAUAUAGAGAUAGAACUUGUCCAGGUGAUAAAUUUAUAAUUAUACCUAAUAAGAUUAUAAAGUAUAUUAAUCAAACAUUAUAUACACGAUAUCUUUUUAAUUGUUUCUUUUCACACCUCGUACACGUUGCGUGUAAUCCUUGAUGCAUUAUUUGCUUUAUUUUAUGUACACCUAGGUGUAUCUUAUCAAACAACCUGCACUUUUUUAACAUCCUACAAUAAGUUGUAUCUCGGUGUUAUUCGUUGCGACGUUAUCGCCGUGCAAUUCUAACUUACAAUAUACAUAAAAUAUACACAUAGGUAA